AUGAAAGAUGAUGCAAGUGAUCAAUCCAUAUCCUUUGCUACGGGUGGCUUUGACCAUAUUAUACGUAUGUGGCAGCCAAGUACUGGAAGAUAUAUUCAGGGAUUCGACCAUAAUGAUUCUCAAGUGAAUUCAUUGGCGUUCACGUAUGAUGGUCAUUAUUUGGCAGCGGCCGGGUUUAAAAAAAUUCGAAUUUACGAUGUAUUCGGUGGUGCGACUCCCUUAACUGUUCUCACGGAAUUUUCAAAAAAUGUAAAUGCUAUUGGUCACGAUGCGAGGGGAAGAUGGACCUACGCGGGAGGCGAAGACAAAGUUGCGAAAAUAUUCGAUUGGCGAAGUUCUAACCAUAGUGCGCAGUCUGCCUCCGGAACAUGUUACAGUUCAUCAAGCAUAAACUCAAUGGUUCUCCAUCCAAACCAAAUCGAAAUACUCUUCAGCAAUGACAAGGGAGAAAUCUAUGCUUGGGAUUUGCGAAAUGGGCAAGUCAGUGUCAUAUGUCCCGACCUGCGUGCUGGACCAAUCCAUUCAAUUUCGAUCAGCGCUGAGGGCACAUCCUUGGCUGCGGUAAACGCUUCUGGCUCUGUCAUUGUUUGGUCACUUGCUGGCAACAUGGUUUUUAAACCCAGUGAAAAGCACAACUCGAAAAUACACAGCUCUUAUGCACUAAAGUGUGAGUUUUCGCCAGACAGUACUCUCCUUGCUACCUGUGGCGCCGACGGGAAAGUGAACUUAGUGCGGACGGCCGAUUGCAGUGUGACCAGUGUUUUGCGACCCAGCGAGGAUCGCUACUGGGCGUGGGAUUGCGCCUUCUCUGCAGAUUCGCGCUAUCUUAUUUCUGCACAUUCUGAUGGUAUUGCACGGCUCUGGAACCUCGAGGAUUCCCAACAACGAGGGCAAUUCCUAGGUGGCACUACCACGGAACCUCGACUGGAGUAUAAAGGGCAUCAACGAGCCAUCACCUGCAUCGCCUUUCGUGAUCAAUCUCUUGCUGGCUCUACUGUCUAG